AGUGUUACAGACGUUCCGUCCCCCCUUACCCAAAGUAAACAUUACGUAGAAAGUGGUUUUCGCAGCUGGCGUUUUUAUGUUUUGAGGGAAAGGACUGUUGUUUUUCUUUAGCACCAGGAAUCUUUCUGAUUUGGACAAAUUUUACGAAAUCAGAAAGGGGAUUCUAUUCUUACUAAACCGCUGAUUUUAAGCUGGUUAUAAAAAAAACAUAACGUAAGAACGUUUUCACGUUCUUACAUUUUUGUGGGGAGAAUUACUUUAGGUAGUACGAACACCAUCUAGCGACUCGGGCUUUGCCCUUUGUGUAAAUUUGAUAUGCUCUUUCCUUUGUGGGUACGUCGGUUGAAGAGGGGCGUCCUGUUUAGUGCCGUGCGGAUAGCAGCCUGCAGCGUUCGGGGAAAUGUCACUUACACUCAGGGUCAAAGCCCAGAGCCUCGCAUUCGGGAAUACUUCUACUAUAUCGACCACCAAGGCCAGCUCUUCUUAGAUGACACCAGAGUGAAGAACUUCAUCACUUGUUUCAAAGAUCAGCACUUCCUGGUUUUCUUCUUCAGCCGGCUGUGCCGGAAUGAGACUGGGCGCUAUCAGGACUCCUUCCCCUUCCUGUCUCUCUGUGGCCGCGAGCGAAAUUUUGUGCGCUGUGACGACCGACCAGUCGUCUUCACGCAGAUCCUGGGUGCUGAAGAAGAAGAGAGGGGUGGAGAAGUGGUCAGUGAGGCUGCAGAGCUCCUCUCUUUCUGCGGUGGGGGCAAGAAACUAUCUGUUCCCUUCCGCCCCCAGUGUCUCUUUAUGCAACCCAAGACUGGACGACUGUACCAUCCCAGUCCCGAACGGGCAGGGGCUGUAGGACUGGUGCGCUCUGCUCUCGCCAUUGAGCUCAGCUCCUGCUUUGAGUACGCUCCUGGUCAGGCCCAGACUGGCCAGCCCACUCAUUUCCACUGGGCAGGCCUGCGUCACAGACUUACUAAUGAGCUGGCCGUCCACUUCACACUCGAUCCAGGAGCUCAGCCCAAUGAAUGAAGUCUUGGGGACAUAGUGAGCUCAGAGAGAUUGAUGCCUGCACUUUAUCUCUGUCUGGAUCACUUGAUAAUAAAGAGUAAAGAUGUUGUGUGGUAGGCUUUGAUUUAGUAAUAAUAAAAUAAUCUGGUUGUUCUGUAGAUUGCGGGGCUCUGGCUACAGUGGUGUCCCAGUACUGAGUAUCAAUACCAAUGAUCUUCAGUGAUAAUUUUGGUCUUCACGCCUUAGGUCAGUAUGCCCUGAAUUCUGGAAAUCUAAAUGAUGACCAUGUCAUAGAGCAAAGUAUACAUAAAGAAACUAGAAAGCACAUGUCACUGAUUCAGACAGUCUUCAAAUAUUGCAGUACUGCUAAGUAAAACAAAAUAGAAUUAUACCUUAGUCUCAUGUAUUUUAGAAUUUAUAGUGCUUUUUGCUUUUCAGUAUGCUGGAACUGUUGCGUUAUGUAUGUUUCUGUUCAUGAAACAGUGCAGUUUCAGUAGUUUUGAAGAAGAAUUAACGUUUUAGGGUAUACAAAGGAAGAUGGUGUUGCACAAAGGUGAAAGGUCCAUUGGUGAAGAAUUAAGAUUUAUACUGAUAUACUGAAAAUAUACUUUUCUUAAAUCUUU